AUGGGCGAUUUACUACCGAGUAUACCAAAGAGUACAUUGUCCAGUGAAGUAGACGGGCAUAACUGGAGUGUGAUGGGCUUGGAUGAUUACAACACGGACGAAGAAUUAGCUGCAGUGGAACUGUUUAAAGACUAUCCGGAGGGACUUUUACGCUUUGCAUCUGUUUGUUGUGUGUUAUUCAUGUUGGUUGGUAUACCAGGAAACCUCAUUACUAUAAUUGCAUUGGCGCGGUGUAAAAAGGUCCGAAAUGCAACAGCAGUCUUUAUAAUGAACUUGUCCUGUUCCGAUCUACUGUUUUGCUGCUUCAACUUACCGCUGGCUGCAUCUACGUUUUGGCGACGCUCAUGGGCACAUGGCCGUAUACUUUGCCGUAUGUUUCCACUAGCGAGAUACGCUCUGGUGGCUGUCUCACUUUUCACCGUUUUAGCUAUUACCAUUAACAGAUAUGUCAUGAUCUCACAUCCAAGGCUAUAUCCAAAGCUAUACAAGCGGCAAUAUUUAGCUGUGAUGGUUGCUAGCACAUGGAUAUUUUCCUUCGGAGCUCUAAUAGCAACAUGGCUUGAAAAAUGGGGUCGUUUUGGAUUGGACCAGUCUAUUGGAUCCUGUUCUAUCCUCCCAGAUCGUAAUCAGCGCUCACCGAAAGAAUUUCUUUUUGUCGGGGCGUUUAUGCUACCCUGCUUAGCAAUAGUCAUAUGCUACGCCCGAAUAUUUUGUAUUGUUAGAGCAGCUGCAAAAAGAUCAAGGGCACCAGCUCGAGGACACCCAAGACUAGCACCAGGACUUGAGGAUUCAGCCAUGGGAUCAGCUUCAACAGCUCUUGAACGCUCCUCGGGUCCUGAAAAUGGUGUAAAUCAUGCCGCACCUCCUCGAAAAGCAUUAUUGGCUCCGCCUGCUUUACAUUGCCCACCUACACCAGGUCCUGAGCGCUCUUCAUCAUCAGGUGUUGACACUUUUGAUGGACACGAUGAAGAGUGUGCUCUUGACGGAAAACCACGAACACCGAGCGGCGGAGAGACCGCUAAAAGACUACGACAAGCAGCUGUAGUCUUAAGGCGUUCACCGGCACCAAUACGAUCUCCUCGUUUAACGCCAAAGGACAGAAAACUAUUAAAAAUGAUCAUGGCCAUUAUGCUCUCUUUUUGGGUUUGCUACUUACCCAUAACAUUGACGAAACUUUUCCGUGAAUUCACUUCACAUCCAGCUGCCAACAUAGCUGGGUACAUUUUGAUAUAUUUAACAACUUGCAUCAAUCCUAUAAUUUACGUUGUGAUGUCUAGUGAAUAUCGACAAGCAUAUAAGAAUUUACUCAUGUGCCGAAGAAAGGCGUGA